GUUGAGUCCUCGGAUACCAUCGAUAAUGUUAAGACCAAAAUCCAGGAUAAGGAGGGGAUCCCCCCAGACCAGCAGCGAUUGAUUUUCGCUGGAAAGCAGCUUGAGGAUGGUCGCACUCUUUCAGAUUACAACAUCCAGAAGGAAUCCACGUUGCACCUUGUUCUGCGCCUGCGAGGUGGCAUCAUU